AUGCGUGAGCGAGCCCGUCCCAAGCUCGGCAAGAUCGACAUUGACUACCAGAAGUUACACGACGCCUUUUUCAAGUACCAAACGAAGCCCAGCAUGACACAGAUGGGAGAGUUGUAUUACGAGGGCAAGGAACACGAAGCACAACUACGAGACCUGAAACCCGGAAAUUUGACUGACGAGCUGAGAAUUGCGCUUGGAAUGCCUGUCGGCCCGAAUGCGCACAAAUUCCCACCGCCGUGGCUGAUCGCUAUGCAACGUUACGGCCCCCCUCCGUCCUACCCGAAUCUGAAAUGCCCCGGUUUGAGUGCCCCGAUUCCUGAGGGUUGUUCCUUCGGAUACCAUGCUGGAGGUUGGGGAAAGCCGCCGGUCGAUGAAUACGGAAAGCCGCUCUAUGGUGAUGUUUUCGGCCUGAUGGUUUCUGCUGUGCAAGAUCAAGAAGACGAAAAUCUAAUUCAGCGGCGCUAUUGGGGCGAAAUCGGCUCCGAUGAGUCCAGCGAAGAAGGCAGCGAGGAAGAAUCUGAAGAGGAGGAGGAGGAGCGGGUUAAGGAAGCCGCAACGGCUAUUGGAUUGAAGACGCCGAUGGAAGGCCAGGCAACUCCCGCUGUUAGCGUUAUCACGCCGAGCGUCAUCACCGCUGGAGCGGACACUCCCGAAUCUAUCGAGCUCCGAAAACGUCGAGUGGAUGAGAGUACUGUCGGCGCUGAAACUCCUGGCGCGGCCUAUCAUAUUAUCCCGGAGCGAAAGGUCGACCGAGUUGGCGGUGCAAUGAUGGCCAGCACCCAUGUCUACGAUCUUUCGAAAAAACAAGCUGUCACUGAAGGUGGAAUCGAGGUUUCGCUCGACCCGGAGGCCCUGGAUUUGGAUCAGAAGAAAUUGGAAGAAAAGUACGAUGAACAGCUGCGCAAACGGGGCAAAGAUGGCGCCGAAACGACGGAGGAUUUCUCGGACAUGGUCGCCGAGCACAACGCAACCCAGCAGCGCAAGCGCAAAGCCCAAGAAGCCAAGAAGGGCGACAAGGGCAGCGGCAAGAAGUACAAAGAUUUCAAAUUC